AGUUAAACCAGUCUGCACUGUGCUGAGCACUGCAGCGUGUUCUACAGCAGGCAGACACGAACGAUAUUGUACUGAGCGAUGCAGAGUACAGAACAUCAUCACAAUUGUGAAAAGAAUUUGCACAGUUGAAGACCAUGAGCACAGAGGAGAAUUUCUAUGGGAAAUAUGGUGAUUCAAAGAAAUAUGAUCCAAAAUUCAAAGGCCCAGUUGCAAACAGGAGCUGCACUGACAUCAUCUGCUGCCUCAUCUUUUUUGCAGCCAUCAUAGCAUACGUCAUUGUGGGGGUAGUGGCAUGGAUCCAUGGAGACCCUCGCAAAGUGAUCUAUCCGACUGACAGUCGUGGCGAGUUCUGUGGUCAGGUUGGAGGCAGGAAUGAGCACAAGCCAUAUCUAUUUUAUUUCAACCUGCUCAAGUGUGCCAGCCCUUUGGUAUUGCUGGAGUUUCAGUGUCCUACCACACAGACCUGUGUAAGUAAAUGCCCAGAAAAGUUUGACAGCUUCAUCACUGCGCAUGCACUACUUAAAGUGAAACCAGAAAGAUGGCAGAAUUACUCCCAGUUCUGUAAACCUGGCUUUAAUGAUUCAACCAAGACACCUGUUGAAGUGUUUAAAGAUGGGGAUUGUCCUGCCUUUUUAACUCCCAGCAAGCCCUUUACCCAAAGAUGCUUGCCUGACCUAAAAGUCCAGCGGGGUGUGGUUAAAGUUGCCGACAAGACUGCUUUCAAUUCAGAUGAUGGUGGAUCUGUAAACGCUACGCAGUUGCUGGAAGGAGUGAAGGGAGCAAACAUAGUGCUUGAAGCCAGAGAGGUUGUAAUGAAGAUAUUUGAAGAUUACACACAAUCUUGGUACUGGAUUUUGAUAGGAAUGAGUAUUGCCCUGGUGAUUAGUCUGCUGUUUGUCAUCUUGAUGCGUUUCAUUGCUGCGUUUAUGGUGUGGUUGAUCAUCCUGAUGGUCAUUGCUGUCCUUGGCUAUGGUAUUUUUCACUGCUACAUGGAAUAUAAACAGUUGAAAGGAGUGCCAGGAUCAGAGGUGACAAUCAAAGAACUGGGCUUACAUACUGACUUGCGAGUCUACCUGCAUCUACGGCAGACCUGGCUGGCAUUCUUGAUCAUUCUGGUAAUCAUGGAAGUUAUCAUCAUUCUGAUGUUAAUAUUCCUACGGAAGAGGAUUCUGAUAGCAAUAGCCCUGCUAAAGGAAGCAAGCAAAGCUGUUGGCUGUAUUAUGUCCACUUUGGUCUAUCCUGUCAUCACAUAUCUCCUGCUGUUACUCUGCGUAGCUUACUGGGGCAUUACUGCUGUCUUCUUGUCAACCUCCGGCCAAGCAGUUUAUAAAGUGCUGGCAAAUGAGUCGACUUGUAAUUACACCAUGAAGACCUGUGAUCCUGACACCUUUAAUGUUUCCAAGAUUAUAAAGCAGUGCCCGGAAGCAGAGUGUAUAUUUGCAUUCUAUGGAGGCGAGUCAUACUAUCAUCGGUACCUCAUCUUCUUCCAAUUCUACAAUGUCUUUCUCUUCUUCUGGCUCAGCAACUUUGUCAUUGCCUUGGGACAGGUUACACUCGCAGGAGCUUUUGCCUCUUACUACUGGGCUUUUAAUAAACCGGAUGACAUUCCAGCAUUCCCAGUGCUUUCUUCAAUAGGACGUGCACUCAGGUACCACACUGGCUCCUUGGCAUUUGGAUCUCUCCUCUUAGCCCUUGUCCAGGUUAUCAGAGUUUUGUUGGAAUAUAUCGAUCAUAAAGUGAAAGGUGCACAGAAUAAAGUUGCAAAAUUUAUGUUGUCUUGCCUGAAAUGUUGCUUCUGGUGUUUGGAGAAAUUCCUGAAGUUUUUGAACAGGAAUGCUUAUAUCAUGGUUGCAAUUUACGGGAAGAAUUUCUGCACCUCCGCAAAGAAUGCCUUCUUCUUACUGAUGAGAAACAUCAUCCGGGUUGUCGUUUUGGAUAAAGUUACGGAUUUCCUACUGUUUCUGGGCAAACUGCUUAUUGUCGGAGGAGUGGGUGUUCUUGGAUUCUUCUUCUUCACCAAUCGAAUAAACAUAUUUGAAGACAAGGGCCCAACCUUGAAUUACUACUGGGUUCCAUUGCUGACUCUGAUUGUGGGUUCUUACCUUGUUGCACAUGGAUUCUUCAGUGUGUAUGCAAUGUGUGUGGACACUCUGUUCCUCUGCUUCUUGGAAGACCUGGAGAGGAAUGAUGGUUCGAAUGAGAGACCCUAUUUCAUGUCCAAAGCACUCCUGAAGAUCCUGAAAAAAAAAAAUGAAUGAGAACUGUGGAGUACAGCCUGCAACUUGAGUCAACUGUAUAUCUAAAGAAUCCUGGAUCAACCCUGCCACUAAUACAGUGUGGCACAAGACUGAGCAUGAAGAGCUCUAGACUUUGGUGUGCAGUCAGCCAUGGUUGAGGUCCAAUUUGUAACAGUUCUAUCUGCAUUACUGUAGUCUCCACCUCCAUUGUAAUGUGCCAAAAAGGGGCCAUGUUUUGAGAUAAAAUUAGGUUCUUAUCAUCUGAGAGAUGUUGCAUUUUUUUACAUUUUAAGAGGAAGAAAGCUCACUUGUCUGUAGUUAGGUGAUAGCCACUUAGUAUAGACUGAUUGUUCCGAUUACCACAAUGUCAUGGAUCGAUUCAAGUGGCAUUUAUAAACUUGAACUACAUUGUCAGCUAAGUUUUCAUGCACCAUGUGCUGACUUCAGUGUUCCACUUAGCUUGUUUGCUACACCUGACAGUGAACUUUUAUUUUUGCCUGUUGCACAGGCAGUUUACUGUACAUCAACUUGGAAGUGCACAUGCUGAAUUUUCACCCCUACCUCCUGACUGUACUAACUGUUGCCACUUGUUUGGAUUCCAGGAGUGCUCUGAAAUUUCCAGUAUCCCAUCCCCUCUCUCAUUCUUGAUGUGAGUCUUUUGGAUAACUGCCUCAAAACAUUUGAGAUAAGCAACUAAUCUAUUCUGGCCUCAUCCCUAAAAUUAGUGCAGUUUGUAUCCUACUCCAGAGAAAUGCUAAGAGUAAAUUGAAUGUCAAGUGCCCAUAAUCUUCCAAACUUAAAAAGUCCUGAAGUGUCAAUAGCAUUAUUGUAGCUCCUGGGGGCUUGUGCUUUGGUUUGUUUGCUGUUUUAAGCUAAUGAGUAACCCAUUUAGGGGUGUUUAAAUCAUGUGCUCUUCAUGCUAUUACAAACAGUAUAUUUAUUUACAGAAUAUUGUCCCUUAGGCAGCAAGAUUUGAUAUUGAGUUCACUUCCUUAGGCUCUUAGGGUUAGGCAACAGAAUUUAAUGUUCUUGUCUUAAAGAUAAGAAUGAGGCAUUAAUUUAAUUGUUUUUAAUUGAUUAUUUUCUGAGAACCUUGUUAAAUCCAAGUGGUAGAUAUAAACCUCCCUCAAUCAGAGAAGGCUCAGCCUAACUAAGAAACAGCUUGUUUGUUUUAUUGGGAUUUUAAAAAGUUAUUUUAACAAUGAUAAAGAUAUAGCUUUACUGUAUAAAUGAAAUUACAAUGUUAACUGGCUUUAAAUAAAGUUUGUCCAGAUAUUGCUUCCUCGUACAAAUAUGACAGAUGGGGAGACAGCCAAUCUUUUUAUGCAUGCCACAGUUAGCCAAUGAAAUAAGUUGUUGUUAUUUUUGUAAACUAAGGAGGCUGUUUUGGAUGUAUUCAUGUCAAGAGCUGUUGGAAUUUAAAUCUGUUCUGUAGCAGAUUGAUCCCACAGGCAUAAUUCUUGCUUCAUUCCAUAUUAAAUCAAAAGUGCCUAAUUA